AUGCCGUCCGUACUCAAAACUACAGCACUCGCUUAUGUGGAUCCCAGCGGUGUGCCUGCAAAUAAUGGGCCGAACGGAUUCGAUGUUCCUUUGGAAAUCGGUUGCCCACGACUUCCGUCACGUCCGGAUGGUGGGGCAAAGUCGGUCAAAGAUCUUCGGCCGGAUGAUAUCAAGGUGGUCAUUGGUAUCGGAGACAGUGUGAUGGCUGGAUUUGGUGCCAAGGGACUUCAGAAUGAUCGAUUUGUUAGCAUGAAAACACUAAAUGAAGAUCGUGGUGUCUCGUUUGCUAUGGGUGGGGACAUUGGUGCCACUACAUUACCGAAUCUUAUCCACUAUUAUACUCCCUCCCUAUAUGGCUCAUCCGUUGGAUCGCAGCUUUUUACCAUUUGUUUUGGUGACGAGUUUUGUCCAAAAGGGCAAUACAAGCCCGACAUCGGUUAUCUGAAUGCAGCUCAAUCUGGAGCUCGCAGUUCAAACUUGGAUCACGAAAUUGAUUACCUUUUAGAACAACUCGAUGAUGCCUACGUAUCUGGCACAAUCAAACCACAGGACUGGAAACUACUCACGCUGUUUAUUGGAAGCAAUGAUAUCUGUCAUUCAUGCACCACACCAACGUCGCUCCCGCCGCCGUUUAUCAUGAACGUUGCUGCUGCUGUUGAUCGGGUGCGGCUGACAAUCCGCAAUGUCUUUUUACAAAUAGUGGGCGUCAUGCGGGUGGACGAGAUCUUUGUCGAGUCACAGAACUAUCCGGAAUACUGCCAGCCAUUUCCUUUUUCGGACUUUGUGCUGCAUGAUCAUGAAUGCGAGUGCGCGCAUACGCCAGCCAACAGGACAGUCAUGGCAACAUUGACACCGCAGUAUAAUGUUGGAUUACAAACGAUUGCUGAUAGCUACAUGGCCAAUGAUUCUUUUGCAGUUACAUUUCAGCCACUCAAAACGGACAUUUUGAGCUUCCCUAUUGAAGCGAUCAGGUAA